CCUUUUCCCAUCGUGUGAGCGUUUCGUGAAACUUAGCGUAAUUAUCAAUAGGCGACAACAUUCUCCGCAACGAUAACUUUUAAAGUAGUAUGUUCUAAGUGGUACGUCUGUUUGUCUAUGUCGGAUUGACGCUUUUCAAAGUUAGCUACGGGGGCGUUGUUCUUAGAAUGUGAUGUAAUUAGUGAGCGUCCAUCUUCGGAAGAGCAUUGGCCCCACUGCUACUGGUGUGCAGUCGGCGUUGUAUCGGCCAUUAAAAGUUUGAUCGAGUUUAUAUCUGACGAAAUGAGAAGUUCCGAUAAUGAGCGCACUCCACUCAUCGCAGCUAUCCCAGCAGCGCCAGCCCCAUCAGUGUCUUCGGGGUCUCGACCUUACGGUGCCACUUUACAUCCGGAUAAUGAUGAACAAUACGAAGGCCGAACCUGCUUAGUGGGGAACCACUUGGCCGGUGAGUCCGGUGAGGAUAUGCCACAAUUUGUCAUCCUGCUGACUGUGUCCGCAGGCGCCCUGGCGGCCGGUGUCUUCCUCGGGUGGACCUCUCCAACGGAGGUUCCGUUGGUGCGCAAUAAGGCCUAUGGGUUCGCGGUUAGUACCGAAGACUUCUCCUGGAUCGCGUCGAUGGCCAACAUGGGUGCGUCGAUGAUGUGCAUCUUGAUUCAGUUUCUGAUGAAGAUAAUCGGCCGGAAGCGGGCCCUGUUGGCCAUGAUUCUGCCGCAUCUGGUCGGGUGGUGUUUGAUUAUCUUUGCGGAAAACGUGUCCAUGAUGCUGAUUGGGCGGUUCUUCCUCGGAGCCGGAGGCGGUCCAUUCUGUAUUGUCGCACCGGCCUAUACAGCUGAGAUCGCGCAAUCUUGGAAUCGUGGCAAGCUGGGAAUGUUAUACCAGUUGAUGGUUACAAUUGGUAUCCUGAUCGUUUAUAAAGUCAGUGCCGCCGUAGACGUCCAGUUACUGAGCAUUAUCUGCGGCGCGGCUCCGUUUGUGUUCCUAUUGAUCUUCUUUAUGCCGACGGGGAUUAAGUAUUUUAUCGAGCCAAAUCGCGUAAGCGAUGUAAGGGACGGAAUGGAAGAACUCAGAGAUGAAAACAUUUGCGAAAAAGUUAUCACCUUCUUCCAAAGCUUCAAACAACGUGCCACCAUCCGGGCGUUGAUCAUCUGCCUAGGGUUGAUGUUCUUCCAGCAGCUGUCUGGUAUCAACGCUGUCAUCUUCUACACGUCAACCAUCUUCGAUGAUGCCAACAUCGCAGCGGAAGCCACGGCUGACACGACCAUUGUCGGAGCUAUUCAGGUCGUCACAAUGGUAUUUACCACCUUUAUCGUCGACAAGGUCGGCCGUCGAAUACUGCUGAUGAUCUCCGACCUCUUCAUGGCUAUCUCCACAUUCGUCCUCGCCGUGUACUUCAUGCUCAAUAAAAAUGACGUCACCGUCGUGGAAAACCACAGCUGGAUCCCGGUUUUAGCCGUAUGCUUCUUUAUCGGUGCGUACUCCAUCGGUUAUGGCCCUAUUCCAUUGCUUAUGGUCGGUGAAUUGAGCGCCAGCAACGUCAAGACCUAUGUCAGCCCGUUGGCUGGAGGUUUCAACUGGCUGCUUGCCUUUCUCAUAACGAAGUUCUUCGAUAACCUUAUGGAAGCCCUUGGCAUUGCCGGAGUGUUCUGGUUGUUCUCUGGCCUAUCACUUCUCGGCGCCGUAUUUGUAUUUUUCGUGGUACCGGAAACCAAGGGAACCACUCUUGCGGAAAUCCAGCUGAUGCUCUCCGGCGAAGAGAUGCGACGCUACAAUGCCCAAGACAAUCCAGCGAUGGAGGAUGACGAGGAUACUAGUAUACUAGUAUACUAAACAUACAGCUAUGCUGAAA